AAAAUAUCGCAAAACCCUAACACACAAACGAAAGUCUCUUUCCUUCCUCCUCCACUCUCUCAAAUUCCAAACACGAGAAGACAUGGACAUGGAGACUGACCAAAUCUACCAGAUCGAUGUCGGAAAUCUUCUCGCUUUCAAUCCAAACCACCGUUUCCCUUCUGCCCCUUCUUCAAGAGAGGAGCUUGUGAAGGAAUGUGUUACAGAGGGAACAAAGCUGGUUCAGGCGAUAGCUGAUACUCUUUUCAACUUUCCUUCUACUGAAACUAAUGAUGGCCCUCUUGUUCAGUUGCCUCCUCCUACAACUAAACUUCCGAGAGAGAAGCAUCUUCCAAGGCCUAAGCCUCCUACAAAGUGGGAAGAGUUUGCUCUCAAGAAAGGUAUACAAAAGCGGAAGAAGGACAAGAUUGUAUACGACGAAACAACUGAUAAGUUUAAGCGUCGCCAUGGUUACGACCGUGUUAACGAUGAUAAUGAUAUUCCCAUUAUUGAAGCAAAGGCAUCAGAUGAGCCAGGUGAAGAUCCUUUUGCCAAGAGACUGGAUGAUAAAAAGAAGAGAGUUGGUAAGCAAGAAAAGAACCGACUACAGAAUCUCAAGACAGCUGCUAAAGCUGGUGCUUUACCAAGCCAUGUCCAACUAGCUGUAACCGCAUUGCCCAUAUCAGGCACCAAAACUCAGCCACAGAAACUUGGAAAAGAGGCACUUGGAGAUGUAGCAGGUUUAGCCGCUACUUCAACAGCUAGUGGUGGAAAAUUCGAUAAAAAGUUGCCUGGAGAGAAGCCUCCUAAGAAGCAAGGCAAACAUCACAAGUAUUUACCAGUUUUACCACGCUAUGGAGAGGUGGAUGAGGAAAAGGAACAGACUAAUAAAGUACUUAGCAAGUUAUUGUCAAAGCAUUCACAUGAGAUCCUCAAUGUUGGAAAGGCGAUAGACAUGUACAAUGACAAGAAGGAGAAAAAGAAGUCUGGAAGAUCAGACAAGUUGAAAGCUAAGAAAGACAUCACCAAAAAGAAGCCUUAUGCCAACAAAGCUAAGUGAAGAGACACUCUCCACCUUGUUUUACUUGUCGCUUAUCUCAUAACAACAAAAAGUCUCUACAAAUUUUGUGUUUUGUAUCUGUUAAGGGGAAUACUCUUUCUAUUUAUGUUACAUUUAAAUCUUUCUAAACAACACAGAUCUAGAAGAGCAAUCUUUCACACUAUGAAACUGCGAUCUCAGGUCUAAAUGCC